AAAGUCACCUCACACGUCACAAUUUACAUUAAAAUAAACAAAUAAAAAAAACAGAGAGAAAAAAGAAAGUGAAAGAGUGACGUGGCAAUUUCCUACUGGGCCUGGAGUCUGUGUAGCCCAAAUAAAUAUAUGCCAAUCAAUGAGCUCCAUACAUUAUAGAGUUCAGAGACUUCUAAAUAUCUCCCUCUAUUCUAGGAAACUCUCAACCUCAAUCAUGGCCCGAUUUAGCUCACCACUAUUCCUACUCGUCGUCUCGGUCCUCGCCGUCGCCGUUGCCGGAGCCGGAUCCACCUUCGAUGAUUCUAACCCCAUCAGAUUGGCCUCCGACCGUCUCCGCGACCUCGAGUCUCAUGUCCUCAACGUCGUCGGUAACACCCGCCAUGCUCUCUCCUUCGCUCGCUUUACUAACAGGUAUGGAAGGAAGUAUGAUACGGUUGAGGAGAUGAAGCUUCGAUUUGGGAUCUUUAAGGAGAAUCUGAAGCUGAUUAAAUCCACAAACAAGAAGGGGUUGAAUUACACUCUUGCUGUGAAUCAUUUCGCCGAUUGGACCUGGGAAGAGUUUAACAGACACAGGUUGGGAGCUGCUCAAAACUGCUCUGCCACUUUAAAGGGAAACCACAAGCUCACGGAUGUAGUUCUUCCUGAAACGAAAGACUGGAGACAAGAAGGUAUAGUCAGCCCUGUUAAAGAUCAAGGCCACUGCGGAUCUUGCUGGACAUUCAGCACAACGGGUGCCCUUGAGGCAGCCUAUAAACAGGCUUUCGGGAAGGACAUCUCUCUGUCUGAGCAACAGCUCGUGGAUUGUGCCGGUGCUUUUAACAAUUUUGGAUGCCAUGGUGGGUUGCCAUCCCAAGCCUUCGAAUAUAUUAAGUACAAUGGUGGACUUGAGACCGAAGAAGCUUAUCCUUACACCGGACAAAAUGGUAUUUGCAAAUUCUCAUCAGAGAAUGUUGGUAUCCAAGUGGUGGACUCCGUUAAUAUUACUCUGGGUGCUGAAGAUGAAUUAAAGCAAGCUGUUGGACUUGUUAGGCCAGUGAGCGUGGCAUUUGAGGUAGUGUCUCCUUUCCGUUUUUACAAGGAAGGAGUAUUCACCAGUGACACUUGUGGCAACACUCCCAUGGAUGUGAACCAUGCUGUGCUCGCAGUUGGGUAUGGAGUGGAAGACGGUGUCCCGUACUGGCUCAUCAAGAAUUCUUGGGGAGCAAGCUGGGGUGACAAUGGCUACUUUAAGAUGGAGCUGGGAAAGAAUAUGUGCGGUAAGUUUUCCUUGGCCAUGUUUUGCUGCCAAGCUAGUUCACCCUGCUAUUAGCCCUUCUUGUGCCCCAUAACCGUUUUGUCCAUUUUUUUUUUGGGUUUUGAUUCAAAGUAUUAUAAAUAAACGACCAUUUAAAGGCAGAUAAGAUUCCAUACGGAACUAUAUAUAUGGAUGUUAUCUUUUUUUUUUUGUUUGUUUAAUGUUGAUAAAAUUCUUUCUCAGCCAUAAUAUAUUGAUUAUUUUGAUGCAGGAGUUUCGACUUGUGCGUCAUACCCAGUUGUCGCAUAGUGAGUUUGGGCAACUUUGGAAGUAAUAGUAGGCCAUGGUUGGGUGGUGAAUGAUGUGGACUGAGCUUGACGGGUUGUAUCUCAUAAGCGUUAGAGAGGGUCCCCCACUCACCAAUUAUGUUUUAAUAGAAAUAAUAAUUAGGUUGAUUAUGUACAAAAUAAGAUCCAAGAUCAUCGUAUUAAAUACAAAAAAACAAUGAGAAAAAAGAAAGAUCCAAGACUGUGUUCUUGUUGUGUGGUCUUUCUGUAAUGUAUGUAAUUUGAAAAACAACCUAAAUCUUGUGUAAAUUCUUUAAUGGUAUGGUGAUAGUGAAACAAUAUUUACUAA